GUUGGUCAGGAGCACAGUAAAUGAUGGCUGCGCCCGUGGAAGAGGCUCCGACCACGGCUCGGAGCGGGUUGACGACCGUAUUCGUGAGGAAUCUGCCGACUUCGGCUAACAACGAGCGGCUAGAGGAGAUUUAUAGCGAACUAGGGCCGGUGAAACACUGUUUCGUGGUGAAGGAGAAAGGUAGUCAGACUUGUCGCGGUUUUGGAUAUGUGACUUUUUCUCUUCCGGAGGAUGCCAAGAAAGCUCUGAAAGAAGUGAAAUUCUAUGAUGGCCAGAAACUUGUUGCUUCUGUUGCUAAGAAGAAACUUCUGGGGAAGAAAGAGGCCCCUAAGGAAGCUCCAAAAGUAAAUACAGAAUGGAAAACUCAGAAGAAAUUGCAGAGAAAAGCAAGGUUGAUUGUUCGAAACCUGAGCUUUAAGUGUUCAGAGGAUGACCUGAAGGCUAUUUUUUCGCAGUAUGGGACUGUGCUGGAAGUUAGCAUCCCUACAAAAGAUGGCAAGAUGCGAGGGUUUGCAUUUGUUCAGUUCAAGAAUAUCCUGGAAGCUGGGAAGGCCUUGAAGGGAAUGAACCUGAAGGAGAUUAAGGGUCGUCCUGUGGCAGUGGACUGGGCAGUGGCCAAGGACAAGUACAGAGCGAUAGUGGGUACUGCUAAUGCAGGAGCAAAGAAUAAGGAAACCCAAGAGGAUGUAGUUUGUGACGAAGAAGUGGACGGUGAGAGCUCAGGCUGCCACAAAGAGACUGAACCCACUAAGGAGCAGAAACCCAAUGUGCACUGGAAAACAGCAUCCAAGAAAAGAUCAGUGAUGGAGGAGGAGGAAGAGGAGGAGGAAGUCACAGCAUCAGAUGAAACAGGAAGUUCAGAUGCUGAGACUGAUGAUGACGAUGAAGAUGAUGAGGAUGAUGAUGACGAGGAUGGUGAUGAUAUGUCCAUUGAUGAAAAUUCAGAGGAUAGUGAUCUGGAGUUGGAGGAGGAAAGUGGUAAAAAACAUGUGAAGAAAGAGAAGUUGAGUAAAUCCCGUCUUCCAACAGAUGUCCAUGAAGGACGGACGGUUUUUAUCAGGAAUUUGUCUUUUGACACCGAGGAAGAUUCACUGGGAGAGCUAUUGGAACAGUUUGGAGAUCUGAAAUAUGUUUGUAUUGUCAUACAUCAUGACACCGAGCACUCCAAAGGUUGUGCCUUUGCCCAGUUUGUGGCAAAAGAAUCAGCACAGAAGUGUGUGGAGGCAGCAGACAACCAGUGUGAGAGUGGAGGUCUCAGGCUGGAUGGGCGGAAGCUCCACGUGACCAUUGCAGUCAGUCGUGAGGAGGCCAAGAAAUUGCGCCGGAAGAAGUCAGACAAACCAUCUGGAACUCGUAACUUGUACCUGGCUCGAGAGGGCUUAAUUCGAGCUGGAAUGAAAUCUGCAGAGGGUAUGAGUGCCUCAGACAUGACCAAGAGAAUGCGGUUCGAGGAGCUGAAGCGGCACAAGCUGAAGGAUGUGAAUAUCUUUGUCUCACCAACAAGACUGUGCAUCCACAACAUUCCGAAGUCAGUGACUGACAAGCAGCUUCGGAAACUUUGUUUACAGGCCGUUGGUACAAAGGAAGCACGGAUAAAGGAGUGUCGCAUAAUGCGGGACCUGAAGACGGCAAAAACAAAAAAGGAUGGGCAGUCUCUGGGCUACGGAUUUGUAGAAUUUAUGGAGCACAGCCAUUCCCUGGCAACUCUGCGCUACCUGAACAAUAACCCAGAACUCUUUGGGCCAGAGAAAAGACCAAUUGUGGAAUUCUCAUUGGAGGAUCGCAGGAAGCUGAAGGUCAAAGAGAUGCGAGCACAAAACAGUCUGAAGGUACAGAAACUUAAUGCAGGCAUUCCAGCUGAGUCCAGGAAACCCAAUAAAUCUCCAAGUCACCAACUGCAGCGUGAAUCCCUGGACAGCUCACAAGGCAAGAAAAUGUGGUCUGGAUUUUGCACCAAGCCCGAGGUGGAGGAGGUGGAACUGGCCAAUGGCAAGAAACGGAAGAAGGUGUUGCCUUUGCCAUCACAUCGAGGCCCCAAAAUACGAUUGAGGGAUAAAGGAAAGCUGCCACAAUCCAAGCCCAAGAAGGUGACAAUACAGCCGAGCCGGGUGAAUAGGAUGAAGAUGGGAUCUGUUGCAAAGCAGGUUCGAGGGACCAAGAAAAGUAAACAAGACAAGGAAGAGUUGAAAUUUAAUUCCUUGGUUGAGCAGUACAAGAAGACGCUCCUGGGUGCAUCCCCAGCCUCCUGCUCUGUGAAGAAAAGUAAAUGGUUUCAGGACUAGAGUGAAAGACAGGAAGCCCUGGAUGUGGGGGUAGAUCCUGAACGAGACUUGAAUAAGAUGCCUUUAAAUACCUAAAUUUUAGGACCCCUCAGUAACAUUAUUCUUUGGCUGCACGCUGACCAUCAGCGUUGUACUCGAGACUCUCUGGGUGUUCAUGGAAGAUAUUAGCUCUGUGUUGAAGGAGUUGUUCCUUUCUGCUGAAUAUUGCUGAAGACUAAAGUCCAGCUGGUGGAAGGGAAAACAAUGUGCCGGAAGGGUUUGACAUGGUGUGUGUCCAUGGCAUGUAUGUUCACCUCUCAAGCUUACUAACUGCCGAAGUUUAUCUGAACCCCUUUCCACCAACUAGCUGUUGGAUUUAGGAUUGGUGCAGGACGGAUAUUCUGGGAAUUGAAACUUCGUCUCUUUGCUUUAUCAUUAACACCAGUGGGAUAAUAGCAACUCCCAAGUGCUAAAUUUAAAAUGAACUAUAAAAAGUUAGGUUGAAUAGUCCUACAAUGUGCCUUAGUCCUUGCCCCUGACCAGCAAUGUUCUGACAUUCCAGAUCCACAGGUUUGUGGUAUUUCCUUAAGUUGCUUGGAUGCUGUUAAUGGAACAUCUGAACUAAAGUAUAAAUCUCUAUUGCCCUACUGUGUGUCCUAGUUUGAAGAUAUUCUGAUGAAAACCUCUCCUCCCCACACUAGUGCUAAGAGGGAUGCUACAGUUCUCUUCAUUACCCUGGGUGGACCAGGAAAAAUCAGGCUCCUACUUCUCAUUUGGCUCUCCUGGCUAUUGAACAAUGAACUUGAUGUGAUGCCACUUACUAAAACUUGACAGCCUUGUGUGAAGUUGAGAAGUAUGUGUGUUCUCUGUAAAGGGGUCCAUGGAACAGUAGUGGACUUCCAUUAAAGGUAAAUCUGUUUGCAUCAUAUAUUAUACCUGCAAGUGACACUUCCUGGAGUUGGAUUUGGCUUUGUGUUGCAUGAGCUCAAUUUCAGUUUAAUCUACAUAAAUAUGAUUGUCACCCAUAGCCCAAGGUGCACCUGCAAAUCUUUUAAUGUGACCAUGGCUUAAAUGUCCAAUCUCAUUCUGUGUACAAGUUAUUAGAAUUUUACAAGAGGCCUGCAGAUCUCUGAAGCAACAAACAAGAUGCUGGAGGAACUCAGCGGGUCAGGCAGUAUUUGUGGAGGGAAAUGGACUGCUGACAUUUCAGUUUGAGGCCCAUCAUCUGGACUGAAAGAUAAACGGGAGAUAGCCAAUAUAAAAAGGUGAAGGGAAGGGGUGGUGCAAGAACUGGCAUGUAGUAGAAUAGAUGAAUAGUGAGUCUGGGUGAGAGUGUGGCAAGAGAGCAGCAGAAAUCAGAGAGGGAACAGUGAGAGAGGGUCUCACAGAACUCCCGUUGAAGAUAGAAGGCAAACUUGUUCGAAGUGGGCAUACCUUGAAGAGACCUUACAGUGGAAUAGCAAAAUGGAGACACAUGAGACUGCAGAUGCUGGAAUCUGGAGCAACAAACAAGAUGCUGGAGGAAUUCACCGGGUUGGGUAGCAUCAGUGGAGGGAAAUGGACAGUCGACAUUUCGGGUCGAGACACUUCAUGCUGGCUGUCUCCGCUCUAUCAGUCCAGAUGAAGGGUCCCUUUGAAACUGCUGAUUAAACGUCUUCCUCUUUGAUGAAUUCACCUUUGUUCAUUUUUCACUUAUUGUUGUGCUUGGCCUUGCUAUUUUGUAAUUGGUCUGAAACAUCUAAAUUACAGAAACACAGGAAGUUUUCCAGAAUAUAGAUAAUCUUUCCAAGUGCUAAAUGCUGCCCUUUCCAAAAAUCCUCGGUCAUUGCUUAUUUUACCCUUGACUCUAUAACCCUUCCCGCUCUUACAACCUUAUGAAUCUCUCACUGUUCACUUUAAUCGUUACUAGUUUAUAACCUUUCACUUCAAUUCCUUAAGCUCUUUAUCUCUCUGUCCCCUCUACCCUACUGUCAAUUUUUAUGUAACCUUUUCCCAAUAACCUCUUCCUCCCUCAAGUCUCAAUUAUAUAAACUGACUCUUUAAGCCAAAUGGGAAAAGAACCAGAGGUGAGAUGAGGAUUGUUCUUUCAUGCAGCUGGAAAAGGUGGAGAAAGAUUUAAAAAUAACUAAAAAGGGAAACUUGGGGAAAAUACAGUGGUACUGAUAAACUCUUUCAGUGUACCAAUGCAGACCCAAUUGCCCACGUGGUAACCUUAUCUCAUUCCAUGAUUUUUAAUUGUCCAGUUCAUUUGAUCCUUGAACAAGGCUUUAAUGCUAUACCCUACCUGAUCACUAUAUCAUCUUUCUCUUUGAACAUUGGUUUAAAGAUAAAUAAGCUGGUCAUUUUCAUGGUUCUGUGGCAUUUAUGACUUUCAAAGUACUCUUAGCUAUA